AUGACAAUUCGGCCUCCAUUCGGCCAUCGCAUGCGUGACACCCAUUUUCAAUUCUCUUCCAGCUACACACCUUUAAACCACGGUUCCUUUGGCGCGUACCCACGUCCUAUCCAACAAGCUCAAGAUGCAUUUCAAAAGCAAUGUACUGAAAGACCCAGUACAUUCUACGUCUAUGAUCUUCCAGAACUCGUUGAUAAAUCACGAGAAGCCGUUGCACCUCUUCUAGGUGCUGAUCCGAAGGAAGUGGUUCUAAUCCCGAAUGCAACGACGGGGGUGAAUACUGUAUUGAGGAAUCUGAAAUGGGAGGAGGGAGAUAUGAUUGUUUAUUUUAGCACGAUUUAUGAUGCGUGUGAGAAGACAGUUGAAAGUGUGAGAGAGAUGUUAGGAGUAGAAGUAGCGACGCAUUGUCAGGUAUUGGAGUUUCCGAUUGAUGAGGAGAGUGAAUUAGGAGAAUUCAGAGAGUUUGUAGAGCUGGUAAAAGGGAUGGGCACAAAAGUUAAGUUGGCUAUAUUUGAUACGGUCCUGACAUUCCCCGGUGUUCGGAUGCCUUGGGAGAAGCUAGUACGGAUAUGUAAAGAACUAGGUGUCUUGAGUUUAAUUGAUGGUGCUCACGGUAUUGGACACAUCGAUCUUACACACCUUGGUUCAGUCAGUCCCGACUUUUUCGUCAGUAACUGUCAUAAAUGGCUCUAUACACCUCGCUCGUGCGCAGUUUUUUAUGUACCCCUCCGCAACCAACAUCUCAUCCGCACCUCCCUUCCUACAUCCCACGGCUACCGCAAAAGUUCCGAGAAUGACUCUCUGGAAGAUAUCAAUAACUAUUUCGUCUCCAUGUUCAACUUUGUAGCAACAAUUGACUACACACCAUACCUUUGCAUCCCCGCUGCAAUAUCCUUCCGGAAUAACGUUUGCGGCGGCGAAGCGUCAAUUCGUCAAUAUUGCUUUGAUCUCGCUAAAACAGGCGGUAACUUAUGCGCUUCAACCCUGAAUACGCACACUCUCCCCAUCUUGCCCGGAAGACAAACGUGUUUUACUAACAUCAAGCUACCAAUACCCUUUUUGUGUAAGAGCAAUGACGAGUCCCAUACAACACCCGAGACAACAGCAUUCAAACCCGCUGAUGCAGAAAAGAUCAAAGUAUGGCUCAACAAAACCGCAGUCAAAGAAUUUGAUACCUAUUUGCAAAUAGGAUGGCAUGCGAAUGUACUAUGGGUUAGAUUGAGCGCGCAGAUAUAUCUUGAAUUGAGAGAUUUCGAGUGGGUAGGGGAGAAGUUAAGAGGGUUGUGUGAAAGAGUUAACGAGGGGGAAGUGGAAGGAACAAAGAGAGUGGAUGUAACGGGGGCUCCAGAGGCUCAGGACUCGUUCAUUUGUGGUAGCGCUUGUGAUGAUUAACUUGAGGUUUCGGUUGUGGAUAAUUUGCCCAAGCGAAUAAAACGACUGGACGCUGAUUCUGCUGGUGGAGGAAUAAUGAGCCACAACCAGUUUUACCAAAUUUGAGAGAUGUGAACAAUGGGAUAUCAACGUGAGAAGAUUGAAUGUGGCGCGUCGCUUUUGUUUAAGUAAGUUACAUGUGGCAUAUGGCGUUAAUGAGAGGGAUUCAAGGACAUGAUUUUCUAUAUCUUGGAGAAGAGGCAACCUUACAUAGACUAUGAUCAACAAUUGAAUUUCUACUUUCCUAUUU